AUGGAUUCCGUGGUUUCGGAACUAGAAGGGACCCUUCUGAAGGACCAUGACAGCUUCUCCUACUUCAUGUUGAUAGCAUUCGAGGCAUCGGGGUUGAUCCGGUUUGCAUUGUUGCUGAUGUUGUGGCCGGUGAUUCGCUUGCUCGAGGUAUGUGGGAAGGACGAUGUUGGUUUGAAGUUAACCAUUUUUGUAGCCACUGUGGGAUUGCGUGUAUCCGAGAUUGAAUCCGUGGCGAGAGCGGUGUUGCCUAAGUUUUUCGUCGAUGACAUUGAUUUGGAGGCUUGGAAGGUCUUUAGCUCAUAUGAUAAGAGGGUUGCGGUGACCAAAACGCCUAGGAUUAUGGUGGAGAUGUUCGUGAAGGAACAUUUGAGAGCUGAUGAAGUUAUUGGAAGUGAACUUGUUGUGAACCGGUUUGGGUUCACGACUGGUUUGAUCGAGGAUGAUUUUGGCUCAAUUAGUGACCGUGUUGCAGAGCUCUUUGGGGAUAAACAACCUAGCCUAGGGUUAGGAAGGCCUCAAUCUGGUUCUUCUUCUUUAUCUCUAUGCACGGAACAGUCCCACCGGCCAUUUACCAGUAACAAGAAGCAUGACAACCAGCUCCUCCGACCAUUACCAGUGAUCUUCCACGACGGCCGUCUUGUCAAGCGGCCGACACCAUCCACCGCCCUCCUCAUCCUCCUGUGGAUCCCUCUAGGCAUCAUUCUCGCAGUAAUCCGCAUUGUUGCUGGUUUGGUUAUACCUAUAUGGGCUGUUCCUCACUUUGCCAGAGUAUUCGGUGGCAAGGUCAUAGUAAAAGGAAAGCCACCGCCACCAGCCUCUGGCACCAACUCCGGCGUUCUCUUCGUCUGCACCCACCGGACCCUAAUGGACCCUGUUGUCCUAUCCACCGUCCUCCAACGCAGAAUUCCAGCGGUCACGUACUCAAUUUCACGGUUAUCAGAGAUUCUCUCACCAAUACCUACUGUGAGGUUGACUAGAACUCGACACGUAGAUGCAGAAAACAUCAAACGAGAACUAGCAAAAGGAGAUUUAGUUGUUUGUCCUGAAGGAACAACUUGCCGUGAACCAUUUCUACUAAGAUUCAGUGCACUUUUCGCUGAAUUAACCGAUCGUAUAGUGCCGGUAGCGAUGAACUAUAGAGUAGGGUUCUUCCAUGCAACUACAGCUAGGGGUUGGAAAGGUUUGGACCCUUUCUUCUUCUUCAUGAACCCUAUACCUGUUUACGAGGUGACCUUCUUGAAUCAGUUGCCGGUGGAAGCGACGUGUUCGGCUGGAAAAAGCCCCCACGACGUCGCUAAUUAUGUCCAGAGGAUCUUGGCGGCGACUCUAGGGUUUGAGUGCACCAACUUUACGAGGAAGGACAAGUAUAGGGUACUUGCAGGCAAUGAUGGAACUGUUUCUUACACUUCCAGCGUUGAUCGGAUUAAGAAGUUGAUCAUAGCUUUCAAGAAGGUGGUGGGCACUUUUAAGCCUUUUUUCCGCUAA